AUGCUUUUGACAUUUAGAUACUAUGGGGAGCGAGAUUCGUAUUCUUCUCGUGGACCUCGUGAUUACUACCCUUCAAAAAUUCGUUCGCCUUCACACCGAUCUCCUGGAGAAUAUCCGUCAGGGCGACCUGGAGCAAGCCUCACCUCUUACACACCUUAUGAUAGGCGAGCGGGGUAUGGUAGACCACCUCCUCCAGAUCUAGCUUUAUCCAAUGGUCGCCCUUCAUCGCCCACUGGUGCAAUGUAUCGAAAGCCACUCAAAACUCCACCUACCUUGAUGGGAUCAAUGGGAGCACAUAUAAACAGACAGUCUAGUCGAGAAUACGAUGACACAUUUGAGUCGUUAGAUCGGGGUUCUCGUUCUGGUGCCGAUGAGAUUGUUCCUGGAGCGCCUUUACUAUUGGAUGAUGCUCACCAUGAUUCCUUUUAUUCCAGACAGCUGCCAUUUUCAAACUCUGCAACAGAUGAUGAUUCUGAACCACCGCAUCAUUUGAAGGAGCAUAAAUCGGAUAGCUUGAUUUCACAGCAACAUGUCCGUCCAGUAUUGAUCAGACCAUCAGUACCUACAAUUCAGCCACAGCUCUCCUCUGAAGAAUCUGACAAUGACGAAGAGGACGAAGAGGGAAAUGAAUAUGAUCAUGAAUAUAUCGAGGAGCAAAUUGAGCAUGUAGAUAACGAAAUAGCAAACCAUGAGCGUCUUUUGGCCACUCUCAGAGCCAAGAUUGCCAUUGAAGCUGCCAAUGCUGCAGAGGAGGUUUCAUCUGCUACAGAAAAGGAUCAGGAGAUGGGCCAAGUAAAUGAAGCUGGCUCGAUUGGCACUGUUUCUCGACGCAAAAUUCCCAUUGAGCACAGACCUUACUUUUCUGAUUUUAUUCUAGAUGAUAUCCGAGCUCGUGCAGUUUCUCACGACAGCAACGAGUCUCAGUCGCACGAGUCUAUUAUUGAAAAAGUGCUUCAUGAUAAUCAAGCUCUCUCGCACGAGUUCAAAAAACGCAUGUUUAUUCGUCAUAAAAUUGUGGCGGGUGUAAUGGAUUUUGCUACAAAAGUAACCUCUUCACCUGCAUCAUAUGAUUUCUAUCGCGAUAAUAUACAACGGAAUGAUCAGAUUCGACCGUAUAUUGUUAACCAUGUCCGUAACCAGAUGUUUGCACAAAUGAAUUUAGAAGCUAAUUUGAGGGAUGAGUUUGAGCAACUCAACGAGUCAUGGAUGGCCAAAGUAGAACGGCUUGAGCACGCUGCUAAGAAUGAUCAGGGUUUUGCUGCAGAUGGUAGUCGGCUUGGAAUGGGCCCAGGCGCAUCCAAUUCCAUUACUCAAGGCUCUACACAUGUCCAAAUGGGUCGAUCUACUCGUCGUACAGGGAUCAACUCAGAUGUUGUUCGUACCGAAGCAGAUUGGCAGAAUGUAUUAAACCAGUUAAACAACACUAACGAAGCCGAGCAACGUCAGUUGGAGCGAUCAGCCAAAGAGCCAGAUAUGAUUAUUAGCCCGGAGUUACGCACCUCCACUAAAUUUAUUAACAACAAUGGACUAGUUCACGAUCCGGCUGGAAAUCUUGCUGUUUUCAACAAUAAGAUGAAUAUGUGUUGGUCAGAUGAAGAACGAGAUAUUCUUCGCGUGAAACUCACUCAGUGUGGAAAAAACUUUUCAAAAAUAUCUGCAUGUCUUCCACACAAGAGUACUGCAAAUUGUAUACAGUAUUAUUACCGUGAAAAGGUCAAUUUGCGAUUUAAACAGUUAUUACGGCAGUGCUCUGUUGCUGGUCGUGGAAGGCGAAGAAAAGAAAAAAUUAAUUUGUCAAUUGCACCAAGCUUCUUCAAAACUUAUCUGCUAAAGGCUAAUGAGGAAAUUGUCCAUGUGCGUACACAUUCGACAUGGGACUCUGUUUGUGAUGUGGGCGGUAACGAAUCUACUGCUGACGACGAUGCUGACGCGAACAAGACCAGUGGAACGAUCAAGUCCAAGAAACAUAGACUUUUGGCAAUAAAGGAUGCCACUAGCGCUGAUGUUAUUUCUCACAAUAUAGCCAUCUCACCAACAUCUCAGGGCCAGGUAAACAAUCAAACUCAGAUCCAGCAACCAUUUCAGGCUGAAGGAGUUAGUUCUACCAGUGUUUCGGAUACUAAUUGGAGUGAAGCUGAAAAGGCCAAAGCACUUCAUGCGUUUGAUUUUGUCGGGCGUAAUUUCGAAGCUAUGGCUAGCAUGGUUGGUACAAAAACAUCUGAGCAGUGCAAGGCUUUUUACAAUAAUCAUCGUCGAAAGGUUGGAGAAGAAGCUGUCGCUCGUGAAUCUUUAGAAGGUUUUAGUCAUACUUCUGAAGCAUCUAUGCAGGCGCUCCCAACAAAGCGUAAGCCAAAGGAUCUUGUGUCUGUAUCCAAAAAGGACAAGCGCAAAGACUUGCCAAACACCUUUGGCAAGAGGAAACGAAGCUCGGAUGUUUCUAUAUCAGAUCUAAACAAAGAGUCUUCGCCACUAAACGCCUUAAACAAUACCGAUAUGGAAAGUGAUGCACCUGUUGGCGACGAUAAUGCUACUAUAUCUCACACUGGCCAAGGCACUGAUGCGUCACGAAUGAACUCGGCUCCAUUUUUUUUACAGAAUGCCACAAAAUCUAGCUCGGUCACUGAUGCUCCAGAAAAAGACGGUGUAUUAGGCAUUUUUUCGACUACUCUUGUAACUGAACCAGCCAAUGUUGACGACCAAGAGAAGCCAAAACGAAAAGGUUCUAGAAAAAAGACAAUAUCUAGUUCUACCAUUUUGCUUUCUGGGGCCCCUGAUCGAUCUAAUACUCCUCCUUUGGAUGCUAUUUCCGCCAUCGCUGCUGCACAGGCCGAUUCAACGAAUCCAGCCGAAGAAUCAGAGGUAAUUGACGAAGGUGUAUCUCCAAAUCGCGAGAUGCUGGACAACUCUAACCAGCAUCAAGCGCUUCGUAAAACUGUUUCGUACUGGUCUGUUAAUGAACGUAGCGAAUUUCUCAAAAGCAUGUCCAAGUACGGUCGAAACUGGGACACAAUAUCCAAAGGCAUUGGUACCAAGUCUGCCAUUCAAGUACGCAAUUAUUAUCACAAUUACAGACUGAAACUUGACUUUGAUAAGAUUCUUGUUGACAAUGGCCACUCAGUGGAUGAUGCUAUCCUGCCGAUUGGAAAAGCAGUUUUUAUGACAGAGACUGCUGCAGUCGAAGAAGCUAAAGAAAGCAAAAUUGAAGCUGCUACGAAAAUGGGCGAUGCAACUAUUGCUUGUCAUGGUAGUUCCAGUAACAACAAUCCUAUUUCAGUACUGCCAUCAUCAUCACAUCCCUAUUCAUAUUUUCAUCCACAUGAAGCUUCACAGUCGCAUUCACAGGUACAAACACCUUUGCCCUUUGCUGGUCAUGCUCAUGAUUGGCAUACUCCUCCAAUGAAGUUUCUUGAUUCCGAUUCUAAACCAAGACAAACACAUUUGCACGAUCAUCAUACACCUAGUCAUACAGCACUCUCUACUUCACUAUCAUUUACACGCUCUGCCACACACUCUAUAUCAUCUCCUACAGAAUUGCCACCGUAUGGAGCAAUGGCUAUCGACUCAUCUAUACACAAUGAUGCUCCACAUCAUUUUCCACCUAUUCCACGGUCCAUUUCACCACACAAGCCGACUGGUAUGAAUUUUGAUCAUUCAGGCUUUACACCACACGCUGCAUAUACAUCUAUAAAGACUGAGCUGAAUGCACCACGACAUAUGGAUGAGUAUGGCUCAGUUACCCCCACAAAUCAUCCAGUGUAUCAUUCUGCUGAACAUAGAGUCAAACAGUCAGCAUACGCCAUCUCUUCUCAAGUGAAUGCCGAGGAUCCGCUAAAACGAACCACGGAUGGAUUUUUUCAUGCACCUAUAUCUUCUUCGUCCUCAAUCGGAUCAUAUCAGGGCCUUGAAAAUCUACCACAGCAUUCCCACGAGCAUUUGACUGUCGUUAGUUCUACAGAUGUUGGAGCUACUGUAAUGCACGAACACCAGCAUCACGACAGUGUAAAAGAAACAAUCUACAAUGAAAGCGAUAACACUAAAACUGGCUCCUCAUCAACCGGGUGGAAUCUAGCUUCUACUCGUUCGGAACAGUUUUGUGAUACGAUCCCAGAUCAAACUUUGAGCAAUGUAGCGCCUACCCCGCCAUCACACUAUCAUAUGCAUCCUUGUUCAUUACCUGAUUCACAAUCACCUAUGUCACUGCCUCUUCAGACUACCGUGCACUUACCAGCACAGCCAACUUCAUUAAUUCCGCCUUUACCUUCACAUUUUCAUUUGUUAGCAACACCAUUUUCAGAUCAUUUACAACAUGGACAACAAAGAAACGUGCAUUCGCAACCACUUUCGCAGCUAGAGUUGGUGACGGAUCAGUCUUCAGGAUUUGUACAUAAUGCCAUGCCGCAUCAGCCAACUUCAACUGCUUCAUUUGGUUUGGCUGAUACCUCCCAUGUACAUACAGAUGCUCCGCUCACAACUUGUGUUUCUGAACUUUUAAAUAUACAAUCACAUGCACCCCUCUGUAGAUCCGUUUCUAAGCCUGCCGAACAUUCUUUUAUAGUCCCACCUCCGCCAGCUCGCACAUUUAGUCAAGAAACCACCCGUCAUACAGUGACAAUCCCGUCAUUGCAUAAUAUAAUUUCUGAUUCGGUUGACGAUGAUAAUAUGGACAGUUUGACAUCUGACUAUUCGUAUUCUGAACUAGCUGGAACCAAAGAUUAUAACGCAUUUAGACCAAAGUCAAACUACUCUAUACCGUAUGAAUCGCGUUCAUCUACAGGAGUGGCAAGUGUUGCUUUAAUGUUAUCGAAUGAAGAUUCUUCGAUACAUCAUGCAAGUCAAGAAUCCAUUUAUACUGGAUAUCCCUCAUCUGUUCCUGCUACUUUGGAAUCGCCUAGUCAUGUCAAAAUCGAUCCCGUUCAAUCAUCAUCAAAACAAAUCAAAGACACACGACAAGAAUCUCGUGUCUCGUCCAUACUUGUAGAUGAACCAAGCUAA